AUGGAAAUUUAUAAGAUAACCACACCAGGAGAGUGGACAUACUUUGCAAAAGGCAAUGCUAAUAUAUUGUUCAAGUAUACUGGUAGCAAUGAUUAUUUAAGGCAUAAACUAUUAAGAGUCAGAUUAUUGAAGGAAGAUGAACAAUACAUCUCUACUUGCGAACUAUACGAUUUUAUCGAAUUGAAAUGCAAACCAUUAUUUCCUCAUCAAAUCAUUGAUAUUCAGUUAGUAGUGUUGACAACUGAUUUUGUUAACCAAUUGAAUAAUGAAGGGAAUAAAUUAAUGGUAAAAGAAAGGUAUGGAUUGUUAUUGCCAAAUAUACUAGAUGGUGAUUAUUGUAAACAAUUCUUAUCCAGAAAUUGCCAACUAUAUAUUGGAACUGAUACUACCGUCCAAGAAGCUGGCGUAAAUAGGAAUACAGUACCUGAAAAAUUGCAAGGUCAAGAACAGAAGAAAUUACAGAAACAAGAGCAAUUCAACAAUGAUAUUGAUUCAGUUAUAUUUGAAAUAAAACCGAAAUGGUUAUAUGACAACAUUUCUUCAAAUUAUUGUCGAACUUGUCUGCUUAAUCAGUUAAGAGGUUUUCAAAGACAUUUUUGUCCCCUUGAUUUAUUGUAUGAAGAAACAAUUGAUCAAGGCCUAGAUGAUAUACUCCUGCUCAUACCGCAAGAUUUACUAAUAGAAAUAUCUGAAACCAAUAAAAUCCCAGUCAAGCAGUUAUUUCGAAUUUUUUUAAAUAACCCAAAUAAUGUAUUUCAGAAAUUAAAGGAAUAUCAAAGAAUAAAUAAUAAGAAUGACUUGAUUAAGAAUAUUACUUCCAUAUAUGAUGUCCUGCAGAACCUUUCGUUGGUAAUGACUUUAAGAGAUGUUGGGCUAUUUAUUAAAUUUGAGAAGUAUAACAAGUAUAAUAAUAUCCAUAAUUCACACAACAACAUUAAUAAUCUAAUCAAUAUUGAAGGAUAUGGUAAAUUUUUGUUAACCUGUAACAUAUAUGAUUUAGAUUUGAAAUCGAAAUUAAAAUACAAACAUUGGCUUGAUACUGAAGAGAAGUUGCAAAGUAUAUAUAAUUCUUCAAAUCCAGAUUGGAGACAUUGCGUCAAGGUUCAUGAUAAUACUAAUAACUUAGGAACCUAA